UUGGCUCCAGAUAUAAACACUGAGCUUCUCUCAGACUCCGCUUCUCACUUUCCUCCAGGCAGCAGGCACCAGUUUGCUCCAAGAGGCCGAAAAGGAGGAGGGAAAAAAAAGAAGGAGGCAGGAGGGGACGAUCUGUGGCACAUUUCCCAGGAUGGAGAAGGAUUCUCCAUCCAAGCCAUCUGUGGCUGAGCUGGCUGGAAGGUUCAAAGGUCAUAUUUUACCGAUGCCCAACUCAGAUAACGAGUUGCCAUUUCGAAGAAGACCUCCAUGUUCCCUGAAGUUGCAGAAUCAAACGGAUGAUAAUGAAGAGUCAGAUAAAUCUAUCUCCUCUCAAAAACCCUUCAAAAUCAAGAUGAAGAACUCCGCCAUCAUUGAGAAACUGCAGGCCAACCUCGCCCUGUCGCCCACUGCUCUGCUGCCGUCGCCCAAAAGUCCGGAGGUGAAGCUGCAGCCGGCGCCGCUGUCGCCCACGACGCCCUGCAGUCCCCUGAGCCCUCUGAGCCCCACCCUGAGACCCCCACAUCUGUCCAGCGAAGACGAGGACCGCAUCAGCUUCGACAGCCCUCCUGAAGGCACCCCGCUGCCGAGCAUCAACAAGACCCGUGCACGAUUAUCAUUCAAGAGGCGUCUGCCCACCAGACAGCACAGGAGGUCAGCAGGGGAGGAGGCGGGAGCCUUCGGGAGCGGCCUGUCCCCAACUGAACUGCACAGCCCCAAAGAAAAUGGGGACGAGGAGCAGGUUUUCAGCAGCCCGACGGAGGAGGAGGCCGAAUCCGGGCCGCCGGGCGCUCUGAAAGAAGACAAAAACAAGGAGGAGGACUGCGAAAACACAGAGGCGGAGGUAGAAAAGGGCGACCCGGAGGACAGGUGGGAUCCAGAGGAGGAAGUGGAACGAGAAAAGAGCAUGGAGGCUUCGGAGGAGGGGGAUGAUCAGCCUGCAGAGCAGACAGACGGUGAUGCUAAGACAGAAGAGGAGAUGCCUCAGCAAGCGGGAGAUGACAGAGAGUGAACUGUGAAUGUUUAAGAAAGACAAAUAUAUGAAUAAGUUAUUCAGUGCUUUGAUUGAGAGAACUCUGAAAAAUCCUCCUCAUUAAGAGUUCACCUGUUUUUAAAUGUUCUUGGUACCUGCUCUUCUAAGUUCCUCUGCCGCCCUCUCCUGGCCAUCUAUAGAACAGGUCUAUAAACACUGGAGAGUCAUGAGAAGCAGCUGUUUUUUUCUGCACAUGGAGAAAAGCUGACACUGUCUCCAUGAUCACAGGAAAUUUCAUUCAUGUCAUACCAUGUACGUCUGCAGGACUCCUGUUUUUAUGAAAAUCUAUGAAAAAGACUUUAAGAGUGCACUUCCACAUCAUGAGUCUCAUACACAGAACUGUAUAACGCUGGGUUGUCAAAAGGCAAAAAUAUUAGUAGAUUUCAUAUAUAUGUAUACGUCAGCAGAUAUAUAAAUGUUUUGACAUCAUACCAAAUCACUUUAAGUUGAAAUUAUAUUCCUUGCUUAGUUUUUCUUCGGAUGUAUGUUGGUCUCAGCUCCUCUGUUCUUUUCUAUACUACAAAAAAAAAUCUAUAUCACAGUGCGACUGUGGAUUGGCUCAGGUCCUCAGAAAUUAUGCACAAGAAAUUAUAAGAAAAUAAACAGCUUCCUUAUGUGAAGAAAACCUCCUGCUACAUGUUGUUACUCAGUUUAUAUGGGUUGAUGUGUCAAAAAGAAUGAGGACAAUACUAAAUGUAUUGGAAAGUCUUUAUUCACGUGCAGCUGAAAGGUAUAUUUAAUAGUUAAAAUGUUGUGAACUCUGAGGAGCUGCAUCAAGCUCCUAGGCAACUAUAAUUUCCUCAUGUAUGUUUUCAUUUAAUUUCCUGCUUUGUCAAGUGUGUGCAAACUCUGCUUGUUCAUGUUAUGAUAGGACAAAAUGCACUUCUAUGGUUCCUAUUAAUAGAUGCAAUCAGGUAAUUUUCCACUGUAGGUUUGCAUUUUCAACCUAAGCGAGCUCUUAUCCAAAUAACUAAACAUCUGUUCCAGCAAAAGCAACAGGAUGUACAAUUAGAGGUUAAAUAUAAUGCGUGGUUUUAAAGAAAUCCUUAUUUUUUUUGUACAAUUCAUUUUCUUUUAUAUCCCUAUGUACCUUUUUUGACAUUAAAUGAGUAGGCCUCA